CCCGGAAGGAGCAGAGGAGCCGCGCACAGUCGGGGCCGCGGCGGCGGCGGCGAAGGGGGCGCUGGUGACCCAAGACAGCUGGAACAAGUCACCCCAAGGCCACACUGCGAGUGCUGACAACUGAGAGCUGCCUUCUCUGUCUUCUUCAGCCCCACACCCAGGCAUCAAAGCUGCAAGGCCCAUGGAUUAUGACCACAGGGGAGCUGUGUUGCAUCUGCAAAUCUGUGUUGUGCAUUAAGGGCACAUCUGAACAGAGCUGCUGUGGACACUGAAGAGCUGGAGAGGACGUUGCAGAGGUUCGGAGGCACACCGUGAUGGUGGGAGCCAUUCCACGGCAGCCACGCCGCUUCUGGGGGGUGCCUGAYUGGCAGGUGUCUUCAGCUAAUUGUGCCAACGACUGCCUGCUGCGGGGCAGGGAGGUUAAUCCGGAGCARAGCAGGGUCCUGCUGCAGAGGGAUGGUGUGCUGCAGAGCACCUCAUAGUAGAAGGCUCACACAGAGAUCCUGAGUGAGAGGGGGUCCUGCCCUUACACCCUGACCUGUGGCACUUUACAGUCCCCCUCCUGCAUGGGCUCUGCUCGGAGUCCCAGCAAGUGAGGCUCCAUGCGGCACAUCCACACAGAGACGUCUCUGCCCCCGGAGCACAGCACAGACCCCAGCCUGUCCCGGCCCAGCAGGGAAACGCCCUUGGAGCCUUCCUCGCAGUGCUGCACCCACCGCAACAUCCUCAUGGGCUACAACGAGACAGAGAUCAAACGCCAGAAGGUUUACCAGGUGUCCAUCUUCUCCCAUCUCUCCAGCUCCUCUGAGAGCACGGAGCAGAGGGCAGGCACCCGGCCAGCUGUCAAGAGGGGAUACCCCGAGCAGCGAACUCCAGAGGGGGGACGAGAUCCCAAACGAACUCACUGGGUUGACAGGGGGGUGGAUGGGGGCCCUGGGCAGCCUUCCCUGGAUGAUGACGAUACCUUUGAGGAUGGUCUGCUGGUGGAGGAGCUCUCUCUCUGUGGCUCUGCCCAGCACUUCUCCCACAGUGGGCUGCGAGUGGUGGAGCACCGCUGUGAGGGCAGCCCUAGCCACAGCCCCAAGGCUAGCAGAGAGGACAAGUUGCAGGAUAUCUCCACUUCCUCCUCCUCCUCCUCCUCUUUCCCUUCUUCCUCCUCCUCUUUCUCCUCCUCCUCCUCCUCCUGGCCCCGGCACAUUGCUUGCAGUACUUUGCACAUGCGAGACAGUUGCCCUGUCUCAUCAGGGGAUCAGCCCAUAGACUAUGGAGAGAAUGGGGAGCCGGCAAGUGGCCACAAUGUACUUCAUCUUGAAUUGCACGGUAUUGCACAAACAACCCAGUUGGACUCUGGUGGGAAGAGAGAGAAGCCAGGGAGCAGCCCAGCUCACACCAGCAGGGCUAGUGGAGAAGCAGACAGGCCAGCAGUGACCAAUGGGUGCAGGGAGCCCCCAGCUCCACAGACAGUACUCAGCCCUGAGCCCAGCAACCUGAGCUCCCAGGAGAUGACGCCCUGUGGGAGCAGCCAGCUCUGCAGCACUUGCCCAGCCAAAAGGAAGUUGCUGCCUGCUGGCGAGGUCAUGGCCGACUCCUGCUCUGAGGAUGAGAGCCUGUCCCCACCAGCAAGAAAGAAGAGGGUCCUGCCAUGCCAUCCAGUACCCACAGCCUGCCGCAGCACUGAUGCCAAGGGAGCUCCAUUCUGGAAUCACCUGCUUCCUGCAGCCAAGAGCUCUGCAGAUUGCACUGCGGUCGGGAGGAGACUGAAGAGUGGGCUGCGCCUCAAAUCGCGACAUCUCCGGACCAGCCUCCGGAGGGGCACCAGGUCCCCCUCAGCUCCCUGGGCCACCACCACUGUCAGCCAUGCUCUGCUGGGCAACUUUGAGGAGUCCAUCCUGAAAGGGCGCUUUGCACCAUCGGGGAGGAUCGAGGGUUUCACGGCAGAGAUAGGUGCCAGUGGCUCCUACUGUCCCCAGCAUGUCACCCUGCCUGUCGACGUCACCUACUUUGACAUCUCUGAACACAGCGCGCCCUCGCCUUUCCUGGGAGUGAUUGACUUGGAGGCCUUGGGAAAGAAGGGUUACAGUGUCCCCAAAGCUGGAACCAUCCAAGUGACCUUAUUUAACCCCAACAAGACUGUGGUGAAGAUGUUCUUGGUGACAUACGACUUCCAGGACAUGCCGGCCAACCACAUGACCUUCCUACGCCAUCGCAUCUUCCUGGUGCCCGUGGGGGAGGAGGAGGGGUCUGCAGUGGCCCCCAGCGACCCACUGGGCACCAGCCCACCCCGCAGGGUCCUCUGCUACCUGAUGCAUCUGAGGUUUCACAGCUCCAAGUCGGGGAAGAUCUACCUUCAUGACGACAUCCGGCUGCUUUUCUCCCGCAAGUCGAUCGAGGUGGAUUCGGGGAUCCCCUACGAACUGAAAUCCUUCACAGAGAUGCCCAGGAACCCCUGCUACUCACCCCGGGCCUGACCUCCUUCAUCCCCCCGCUCCCCAGGGCCACUGGGGAGCCUCCAGCCCAGCACUUAGGGGAGAGAGAGAUGAGUAAAGGGCCAACAAGCACUGCUUUGAGAUACCACCCACCCUCUUGACCAGCACGGACACCACGCUCUGCAGCAGGGCGAGGAUCACCCCAGAGGGGCAGGGGCUGAGGAGCAGUCCUGGCACUCCGGGGACAUGCCCAAGCCUUCUGCUGGCACUGUCCCAGCUUGGAGACUUGGGCUGUGGCUGAGGUGGGUGGGUGGGGAGUGAAGACUUGACCUGGGGCUGUGGGUAAGACGACCCGCACUGGUCCCAGGUCUGGGAACAGAAAGUGUGGAAGAGUUUGUAUUUAUUAGUAUUUAUCGUUGCUGGGAGCACAGAGGAGGCUUGUGCAGAGGAUCAGAGGUGCUGUGCUUGUUCUUCCCCACAGCCCUGCCUGCUCUGGGCUGCCCGUGUUGGGGCAGGGCUGUGGGGACUGCAAGGGUGACUAGGGCCAGGAACACCUCAGCCCAUGGAAGGGAGAGUGACACRCUGCUCACCCAGGGUGACACACAGCUCCCAGACCAGGGCUGAGUUAAAAGCCCUGUGACAGACUCAGCCUUGCUAGCACCAGCUCUGCAGGGCCAGUCCAACUCCAAGCAGCUUGGGGUUGUACUGGGCUUGUCUUCUGAGUGUUCUAGAGGAAGCCAGACCCUAAGAGGCCUGUGGCUGUCGAGGAAGUGGCCACUGCCAGGUUCUUGAAGGUAAGAGACACAGCUGUCACGUGGAUGGGGACCUGGGGCUCUGUGCAGGAAUAUGGGGAUAGCCCUCUGGGCAAGAGCCUCCAGAGCACGUGUGCUGUGGAUCUGAGAAGAUUGCCAAAAAAAAAAGGAACCUUGCACUGUCUGCGGGUGUUGGGUGAAUCCCAUGCAGGAGGCAGCUUUGGCAGAGGUCUGCCGGCAGCGUGAUAAUGUGCAGGAGGAUGGGGAGGAGUCCCAGCUUAAUCCCUGGGAAGCAAGGAAGCAACAGAGGACAUCAGACUCUGGGAAUUGGGCUGGAUCCUCAAGAGCAGAACUGGGGAUGAUCCAGAAAGGGGAAGGGGUUUAGGGUAAAAAAAGCUUGCACAUCCGUGUCUGUAUCACCCUUCUGCCCACUGGGGAGCCUCAGCCCCUCUGUCAGAGGGAGGAAGAGGGGGACAGGCCCCCGAUCCCAUCAAUCCUCGGCCUGGGGCUGAGACUCUGUGUGUGUGUGUGGGGGUGGGCCAGGAUGGGGGCUGUGUGGGCGAGCUCCUGCUCUCUCCUGCCCGGUGGGGGCCGAGGGCUCUGGCCCUGCAGCACUGGGGGGAUGGAGGCCCUGAACCCCUCUCACACCGGGGGUUACUACGCCCAGACCCGAGUCCCUGAACCCCUCAACACGACAUCUGCAUCGUCCCCCAGCCGAGGUCUGAAUCCCCCCCAAACACCGGGGGGUCUGAAUCCCCCCCAAACACCGGGGUUCGCUCCCCACACCGCCCUGGGCCGCGGGUCCCGGGCCCGCCAUGA